AUGGAUGGUCCUGUGCCCCCUUGGGAUACUUACCCUUGUGCUAACUCUGUAUACCCCACCCCUGAGUCUUCUGUGUGGAGGCCUAUGGUGGACAUACCUCUGCCACGCAGUAUUCCCUUGCAUGCACCAGACUUUUCAAGUGCAACAUGCUCACAAGCAGUGGAGGAGUCUUACCUGAGCAACUUGGGGGAAGGAUCUGAUUCAAGCUCAGACUUGGACUCAAGCAGGAAAAAUUCCAACUUGGGUGUCAGAGCCAACAACUACCAGAUGGUAAAACCUAACAAGCUAUUGCCUAAUAUAGGACUUAUCAGCAAGUAG